AUGUCGUUUAUAAGCGCGACCUCGUCGUUCAAUCUGCACCUGCAGCCGCGCAAGCAGCAGGAAUCUGAGGCUAGCACUCCUCAGAGCACGCCGCAGUUCAGCACGAGGGCGAGCAAUAUCACCUACAAAGGUGACAGCUGCCCUAUUAUUUAUGUGACGCACAAGAUACUGCGCAUCCUCACUCAGCACAACCGCGCGCUGCACACCUUGGAGGUGGAGAAGGCCCUGCGCAGCCUGGGGUUUAUGGGCGUCGACAUAUGCACCAACAAGGAGCUCUUCGAGUCACUGCAGAAGGUCAAACGAAUCGAAUUCGACGUCGCCAGGAAGCGGCUGCUCUACAAGAACCCUUUCGAAUCGGUCACCAGCCCAGAUACGCUCCUUGAGUACAUCAACAAGAAUUGCGCCAUCAAGGGGAUGCGUAUAAACGAGGAGCUGAUGAACACCAGCCCUAACAUGGUGGAGUGGCUAGACGAGAUACUGAAGCAACGUAAAGUGCGAGCUAUUCGUUGUACAUCGUCAAACCUAAAAGGGAAGCGCAAAUGCCGCUACGCAGCCACACCUAACCAGUGCACCAUUUACAGCUCCUCGAAGUGCAACGAGUGCAUCAACAACGUUCGAGAUAUACUGCUGUUCCCACUUGGCAAGGAGAGCUGCGAGCAGGACCGCUUCAAGCUCGACCAUGAUAUAAAAACCCUAUGGGACUCAGUCACCAUGCCUCCUGUCGACCAGCUGCUAAAGGACUACAACGUCAGCCAGGUGGAGUACACCUACGUCGCGCCGCAGAGCUCGCGGAGGCGACGCGGAGAACGCAAACAGGGCAAGAACGCCGGUGUUAAGAUGCGCCGCAUCUACAACACCCACCUGUUCACCGCACAGGAGCUGUCGGCGGGAAUCUCCAACACGACACAGAAAUAA